AUGCAUGUCGGCAAGCUUGCUAGCAAUGGCGUAGCCCUAACCGACUUGCCUACACUGGUUGCCCAAAGGAUUUGUCUUGUAGAAGACGUGUUCUCUAUUUUUUCGUCGAAAUCUGCUGAGUCAACAAAAAUUGAUCCACACGUCAAAAGUUUACUACAGAUAUGCGAAGAUUUGCAGAAAGAACAUGAGAAUCAUACUAAUUGUUUGGCACAAGCCCGAUUUCCAGACCUUGAAAAAAAGACAAAAGAAUUUAAAGACAGAAAAGGUUCUAUCGAAACGUCUAUAACAACGACUGUCUCCGAUUAUAAAAACAACAUACUUGAUGCAGUACAGAAAGUAGAAGACGGAAUUACAACCGUGGUGACAGGAUUUAGUCAUUCGGGUACAAAAGAUGCCAACUUAGAUGUUUAUAAAACGUUGCUUAGUGAAAAUUUGUUGAAACACAUCACACAUGAAAUACAAGAGGCCAGCCACGAACCAGUUCUGACAGAAACCAAUACAUUGCUGAGCGAAAUGAGCGACUUAUCAAGCUCAUUUGGACUCUCUGGACAGAACCAAAGAAUUCAAGCCCCGUUUGAUUCGAUAUUGAAAACUUCAAUAGUAAGCAUGGAUGACCUGAAUGAAGUGGAGACAGGACAAAACCCUAUGACGAAAGUGUUAAAAACGGCAAAAUACACAGCAAUGUCAAAAGUAAGAAACAAGCGGUAUGAAAUACUUAAGUUUCCUGUUUCCAACUGUGACAAUUUAGAAAAUGCGGUCAUUUGA